AUAUUUUUAUAUAGUAAGAACCAAUAGAAAAAAUUGCCCCUUGAUUCAAUCAAUUAUUUUUAUUUUAUGCGAUUACAUUUAAAAAUGAAAAUUUACAGAUGUCAGAGAUGAUGCUGGAAGGAAGAGUGGAUAUAUUAUGGGCAGUGAUUAAAUUAGAAUUUUGAAGAGUUCUGCGCUCAAUUCUGAAAUUUAUAGUUUCUGCAAUCUUCUCUGUUUCUCCUGCGUCCGGCGCCGGAGAUGGGUAUUGAAUCGGGUUCUAGUCACUUCACAAAUUUGAAUGGCUCAGGUACUGAUCCCAAGAUUGGAGAAUGCGUUAAUGCCAUGAUUGUGAAAGCAUACCCAGUGGGUAUUUUGCGUGUGAGUGAUCACAUCAAUGGGGAGGAAGGAGAGUCUAGACUUGAACCAUAUGUGGGGUUAGAGUUUGAUUCUGCAGACGAGGCACGUGAGUUUUAUACUGCAUAUGCUAUGCGUGUGGGGUUCAGAAUUCGUAUUGGUCAGCUGUAUCGAUCCCGAAGUGAUGGGUCUGUUUCAUCAAGGAAAUAUGUGUGCUCAAAGGAAGGAUUUCAGCUGAAUUCAAGGACAGGUUGUCCUGCGUUUAUAAGAGUACAAAGGCGGGAUUCUGGGAAGUGGGUCCUUGACCAAAUCCAGAAGGAUCAUAACCAUGAAUUAGGAGCUUCUGAGGAUAGUCCCACACCCAUUCUGCAGCAAAGAACCCCUGUGGUUACAAAGUCAUCAGUUGAAGUGUGUAGACCAAAAGUUAAAUUGCUUCAUGGAGUAGAUGAGGGGCGGCAAUGCCCGUCUGGCAUCAUUAGUUUCAAACGGUUCAAAGGGAGUGGAGAUGGAGGGCAACCUGUAGCUGCACCGUAUGCAGGUCUAGAGUUUGAUUCAUCUAAUGAAGCUUAUCAGUUUUAUCAAACAUAUGCAGAAAAUACAGGUUUUAGAGUUCGGAUUGGUCAGUUGUUCCGCUCAAAGAAUGACGGAUCAAUUACAUCAAGGCGAUUUGUAUGCUCAAAGGAAGGGUUUCAGCACCCUUCAAGAGUAGGUUGUGGGGCAUUUAUGAGGAUUAAAAGACAAGACUCUGGAACUUGGAUAGUUGAUCGUCUUCAGAAAGAUCAUAAUCAUGAUCUUCAGGUGUCCAUGGCAACUCAGAAAAAAUUCUCAAUAGCUUCUAAGAAAUUCAUUGAAGAGGAUUCUGGUGGCUUGGACUUGAUGGAUCUAGUUGAAAUAAACGAUGGAAAGCUUAUCAAAAGCAGGCAAGAAAACAAAAUUGGAAGUAAUUGGUAUCCCAUGCUUUCUGAUUAUUUUCAAACAAAGCAAGCAGAGGAUACUGGGUUCUUUUAUUCUGUAGAAGUUGAGAAUGGUAAUUGCAUGAGUAUUUUCUGGGCUGAUGGCAGAUCUAGAUAUUCAUGCAGUCAAUUUGGUGAUGCUAUUGUUUUUGAUACUUCAUACAGGAAAGGUAACUGUGUGGUACCAUUUGCAACAUUUGUAGGAGUUAACCACCACAAGCAACCAGUGCUACUGGGAUGUGCUCUAAUUGCCAAUGAAUCAAAGGAGUCUUUUAUGUGGUUAUUUCGGGCAUGGCUAAGGGCAAUGUCAGAGUGCCAUCCAAAGUCAAUUAUUGCUGAUCAAGAUGUGGCCAUCCAACAAGCAAUUGCUGAUGUCUUACCUGGGACUCAUCAUCGCUUUUCAAUGUGGCAGUUUAGGGCUAAGGAAAGAGAGAAUUUGAGGUCAAUGUCUAAUGAAUUCAGAUAUGAGUAUGAAAGGUGCAUCUAUCGUAGUCAGUCAGCUGUUGAAUUUGAUACUGCAUGGACUGCCCUUAUCACUAAAUAUGGUCUGCAGGAGCAUGCUUGGCUAAAGGACAUUUAUGAAAAGCGUAAAAGCUGGGUUCCAUUGUAUCUACGAGGAAAAUUUUUUGCUGGCAUCACUGUUAACGAAACUGUUGAAUCAUUCUUCGGUACUCUAGUAAAUGGUCAAACACCACUUAGGGAGUUUGUUUCACAAUAUGAGCAAGGACUUGAGAAACGCCGCGAGGAGGAAAGAAAAGAAGAUUUUAACUCAUUUAAUUCGCAAUCUUUACUGCAAACAAGGGAACCUGUAGAAGAACAGUGUAGGAGGCUCUAUACACUUACCAUCUUCAAAAUCAUCCAAAAUGAGCUUGUGCAAUCUUAUUACUACCUUGGAAUUAAGACCCAUGAAGAAGGGACCAUUAGCAGAUACUUGGUUAGAAAGUGUGGGAAUAAUGAUGAAAGUCAUGCUGUUACCUUUAGUGCUGCCAAUGCCAAUAUUAGUUGCAGCUGUCAAAUGUUUGAAUUUGAAGGGGUGCUGUGCAGGCAUGUCUUGAAAGUGUUUAACCUGUUGAAUGUAAGGGAAAUUCCCCCUCACUAUAUCUUGCAUCGGUGGACAAGAAAUGCCGAGUGUGGUAUUUUCGCCGGCAUUGAAUCUGGCUUCAGCUCCCGGGAACUUAAAGCCUUGAUGGUUUGGAGUUUAAGAGAAACAGCUUGUAGCUUUAUAGAUUGUGGGGCAACAUCUCUAGAGAAAUAUAAACUUGCAUAUGAAAUUAUGCGUGAGGGUGGAAAAAGACUUUGUUGCCAACGAACUGUGAAUACUGGAUCAUCUGGAUUGCCAUUUCUUCACUGAUCUGAUACCUGGUAUGAUGAUCAGUCAUUUUUCUUCUGGGUUUCUCGCUACAUAAUUAUAUUUUUCUUAAACCCCAAAUUUAUACUGUGCACUGGUUAUGGCUGUGAAGAAGGGCACAAAUUCUGUGUUUAGGAUAUAUGAUCACCACAAGUGCCCUUUUGAAAUCUUGAAAUAUUCUAGUCAAAUUGUAUAUGAUAGGCAUCAGUUGGUGUUUUUGGUAAACCAGAUAUUCUUUUCUCUUUUUCUUUUCCCAAGAUGUAUAUAGCAGUGAAGAGAGAAAUGACAUUUGCUCUAUGUUUUAGAUUUAUACAAAUGAAAGCAAAGAGUUAGU